ACGCUACUCGAGAAUCGUGCUUUCGCUGGUUUUCACUCUACGCGAAUGCCAACAUGAACGUUGAUCCAAAUUUACGUGAGAUAUCCAAUUACGGUUCUUAGUCUCGACUGCUGGUGAAAUACCGCGAUGACUUCCGAGACAAGUGGCGAGACUUCGAGUCUCGAGCAUCUUCACCGAGAAGUACGAAACAUACGUGAUUUUAUGUCGCGCUUAACCUCUGUGCUAUCCGCUAUAUUCUCGCGCAGGCCUUUGAUUGUUUAGAAACGUUUCCGAAUAAAAUCAUCGAACUGAACGCUUUCAUCGACGAGUAUAUGCCGGAAUCGGUUAAAACCAGCAAGUAUGACGAGAACACGACCGGUCGAAAAGUCAGGUGCCAAUCUACGUUAUCCACCGCGAAAAAUUGCGACUUGAACAGCGUCUCGGAUUUUGGUGGUAAAUGUCAGAAGCAGACAUCUCAGCGUACGAACCUUUCCGUUCCGCUUGUGUUCUUUCAGUUUCAAGUUACUACUCUUUACCGAUCUGUAAUCACGGUCGAUCGCGGCACGGAGUUUGCAAAAGAAAAUUUUAUCGGUCGCGAGGUGUAGCCAGUUGCAACGGACGUCGAAGACCCGGUCCGCUUGGACAACUGUUAGCGUUUAUAGUGAGCAGUUUAACGGCGUGCACGAGGAGAAUCGUAAUCGCUCCGUCCAAAUACAUCAUCGACAACGUCGUCUCGACUUUCUUCCAAAGGCGAGAGUUGAAAAACGCCGAAUGUGGACCCUCGUCGGAUUGGGACAACUCGCUUUCGACAUGCGUGUUCGCGCUCAAGAAAGACACCACGGUCAUCGGAAAGCUUAUCGACACUAUGCGACCCGCCGUAGUGAAACUCAUAACCGACACGACGAUCCUGAAACGCUGGUUGCAAGCGGUUUCUCUGGCGACCCCGUCGCCAUCCACGGAAUUAACGAACGCCACUCGUAACACUGAAACCAUCGACUGCUGGGCUUACGAGUUGUUCUUCCAUCUCAAGUACCUUCAAGUGAAUCGUGCGCGACGAACCACCGUCGACAAAGUGGUGGCCAAAGAAGAAUCCAAGCCUAACGAGCUGAUUCACGCCAACUUGUGGCAUCGUUUGGUACAGCUUCGCGACAAUUACAUCAUCUUGUACGAAACGCUCCAGACCUACGACAAGAUUCGUAAUUCCGAGAAGGAGAAACAGCAGGAUUAAUGUACGAUCGUUAGUGUCGAAAGUAAAAAGAAAAAAGCGUAAUUCGCUCAUCGAGUUGGUUAAUUACCAUUACGAAGGAAUAAAGGGGUUAAGAAGUCGCGUUUCGCGAACAGUUUUCCAAAGAACAUUAACAUAAGCUGUACAACGAGUUUAACUCGAGUAGAAGGUCCGUCGAUCGAACCUCUCGCCCGUUUGUUUCGACACGAUUCAGCUGACAUGGCACGCUAUUGUGGUUAACAUUUAAACUUCGUGCCGAGGAAGGGAACGCAGACAGGCUACAGGAUUUUUGCUUCGCCGAGAUUGCACCACCCGACCUGCAGUCACCGUUCGCUCCAUCGACCAUUUUUUUUUUCUCUCUUCGAGUAAUAGCGUAACCUACUUGGCCGGAUAGAACGUCAAGCGUUUUUCACGGCGAACCCAAUACUAUCGGACACUAAUAUCUACGAUUGUUCGAUCACGUUGCAAAACCGAUAUCGUACAGUUUCUA